AUGGUCUCUUCAGAUGUUUGCGAUAUCAAAGUCACUCCCGGAACCUUCGAAUACAAGAGAUUCAUCUCUUUCCGGUGUUCAUACACAUCAUACACGGUUGUUUAUCCCCUUGAUCUCAAAACCUUAGUGUACACGAAAAUUGAUGACGUUAUCCAUUGGGUUCACAAUCAGGGAUACAAUAUUUUUGAAUUCUUCUCCGAUCAAGGUUUAGAAUAUAGAAACUCAAAAGAUGAUCCUAUACUUCAGCAACACGGAAUUGAUCAGAUACUCACCUCAGGUUUUACACCAGCUUCUAAUGGAGUCGCUGAACGCCUUAACCUAACAAUCCUCUACGACUGUCGCGCAAUGCUUGUUGGAGGCCGUCUACCGAACUUUUUCUGGCCUGAAGCAGUACAAUCUUUGGAGCAGUCACUUUCGUCCCUGACAGCCCAUCCAACAUUAACAGAUGAACCAUCCAUCGGACUCGGCAUCUCAAAUUUAUGCCAGCUACGAUUCUCUACUAUAAUUAUCACCUCUAGAAAUCUGGAUUUGCUAGUUAUCCUCUCCAACCUGACAUUGAAAUACGAUCUACAGACACGUGAACCACGUAAUAUCAUUGGCACUCCUCGACUCGAACCAGUGAGUUCGUCACCUAUUCAUAUCUCUCCCUCCAACAAUGAUACCGACACGGAUCAUCCUAGCAAAGGGGCCACCUCUCAAGAGGGUGGUGCAACUGUGGAAUCUCCUGAAAUCCAUCCCCAUGAUCAUGUCUUUGGACCUGAACAGGAUAAGGAGUCCACAGAAUCCAAUGACCAGUCAUCGGUUACCCAUGGACCCCGUUCGUCAGUGAUCACAUUCCCCGAACACUCGUCAACCUCAUCUCGAGAUGGCACGACAUCUCUAUCUGCACACAGUUCCUCUCUGUCAUCACUUGAAUCAGAACCUGUGAUCGUGAUACGCCCAACUUCGCCGAUUCCUGAAUUACAAAUUGAUCCAUCAUCUGAUACAAAAGAUCAGAGCUCGCCCGAUCAAAACCUACCUGAGGAAUCCCGUUUUGCAGUCAAAAGACCAGUUGAAAUUGCUGAACUACCGAACGAAACGGUCGUCGUCAAAUACCAAAGAUCCAUGCCGAUCAGGCGCACUGAUCGUGUUUUGCGCUCGGCGUCCAAACAGGCUAAUCUCUUAUAUGUUCAAAACCACUAUCGAGACACCUUACGCGCAUCAGAUGCCUCUAAAUGGGAAGAAGUCUACCCUUCAUUAUUCAUACUACAAUAUACCGAAGGAAGAACGUCGUGCUUAUUGGGUCUAUUUGUUGACGAUUUGAUCUUCUGUGCUACAGAAAAUGAAGUACUAGACGACCUUAUUGUCAAACUGAAAGAUAGAUACGAACUAAGAAUCAUUGUUCCUGAUGAAGAAGGGAAACAGAAUUUUCUUGGAAUGGAGUUAGAGAUCAUGAGAAAUGACACUGGGAAUAUCAAGGCCAUCUCUAUCUCUCAAAGCCAAUACAUCGAAGAUAUUGUAUCAACAUACGACGUCAAGACAUCCAAAGUACUGCAAACUCCAAUAUACCCACAGUUCUAUCACUUGCCAGUAAAAGACGCUAUCUUCUAUCUGAUAGUCAAGUGA